GUCAAUUUAUCAAUGCUCUACCUAUGGUUUUAUCUUUCCUGUUUGGCGCUCUUUUGGACGAAUGACCUGUCCAUGGCGCGCCUUGCAGCCAUGCAGACGUCAUCCAACGCUUUGCGCGGCGCGUUCUUCAUGGUAUCAAUGGAACUAAACAGGCUGCCAAACGAAGUCACGCGUAUCAAGAACAUUUACACCUUCAUCGAUAUAAAGAAUCAACUCGCCUCGGGCUCGACUCCGUAUCCAUCUCCUGGGAGUAAGUUUGAUCGGGGGAUGUCUCUAGAGGUCCGGAACAUUUCGUUCACCUACAAAGGUUCAAAAGCAUCUCGCGACGCUAUCAAGGACGUGUCACUUUCUAUACGCGCCGGUCAGCUAGUUGUCAUUGUUGGCGCAAACGGGAGCGGGAAGUCUACCCUUUUGCGCCUCUUGGUCCGCCUUUAUGCCCCCGUAUCCGGUGUCAUCGAGCUUGACGGGCGCCCCAUCGAAGAGUAUAACAUAGACGACUUGCGUCAAGCAAUGGCGCAUCUCUCGCAGGACCACAAGCUCUUUCCGUUGUCAGUUGCGGAGAAUAUCGGGGUUGGAUACCUUGAACGGCCGGACGAUCUGGCGCUGAUAAAGGAUGCGGCUAGGCUAGCCGGUGCGGAUCGGGUAAUAGAAAAGUUUGAGACGGGGUACGAAACGGUAUUGGAGCCCGCGAGCACGGCACAGAUGAGCUUCAGCGCGUCAGGAAACGAGGCGCUUACAAGCGAGUUCAACAAGUUAGAAAAAAGCGCGGAUGUAUCUGGUGGCGAACGUCAGCGACUUGUGGCGGCACGGACAUUCAUGCGUCUCUUCUCGGAUGACAUCAAGUUCGUUACCGUCGACGAACCCAGUUCCGCGCUCGAUCCGCAAGGCGAAUACGACCUCUUCCAACGACUACGCAAUGCGCGGCACGGACGGACCAUGAUAUUUGUCACACAUCGCUUUGGCCAUCUCACGAAGCACGCUGACUUGAUCAUAUGCAUGAAAGACGGCACUAUCGCCGAACGUGGAACUCACGAGGAGCUUCUGAAGGCUGAGGGAGAGUACGCGCGGCUCUAUAACGUUCAGGCUGCUGCGUUUACUUCGGAUAACAAGGAGUGAGACGUUUGUUUUCAGGAAUGCUCGGCACCUUCGGGUAUACCACUGCUUUUCUUACUCAAUAUAGAUUGACUCCUUGGUAC